GUUUCCUCGUAGUCACUGCUUCCCCAGUUUCUCUUCGUUUUCUUCACUUUUUCAACAGCAAAGCUAAGAUCUGGAAACAGUGCGGGGCAGUUACAACGUUCACCAUUACUUGGUUGAGCAACAGCAGAGACGCCAUUGCUUCCCCGAGUGUUGGGCCCGUGAGCGGCAGAGACCUGAUUUGUCAAGGUGGAAAUUUGCUCAGAUAUAGCCUUAACAGAAUAGUACAAUGCCAUGACAGUUUCAUGCAGCUGCCAGAGUGCAGGACUGGUACCACCAUUGUCACCUCCAGGCACAUGGUUCAUGACAAGCAAAGUGUAGGUUGUGGAGCAAACAGCGGCACAUCCUCACUUCUCCUUCAUCACCAGGCAAGUCAGUCUCAAAAUUAGUAUGCUUAAGUGAUUUCCAUAGAUAAUCCACUGGGUAUGAUAUUGAAAUAAGACUUUUCUGUAUUGCCCUUAACAUGCAGAUAUUGGAUGCAACAGCAAACCUUUACAGCAGAGAGAGAGUGAGUGAGUAAUUGAUUGAGUAAUAUUAUAGCACUCACCACAUACACUGCCAUCCCCAGCUGACCAAGCAAUAUUAAUAGUCUUGCUGGGAUAAGCAGCAACUUACACAGGAGCAAUGAGGACAGCACUCACUCGAUCACUAUAAUGCAGGUGGAAGCAAUUUACAAUCAUCAGCUUGGUAGUGGAGUGCAAGGCAAGAAGGACAAGCAAAAAACUAUGUAUGUACAUGCACAGCACAGUCUUAUAUUUUCUCACCAUAGAGCAGGUCACAGUUAUGUUCUGUCUUGCAGAACACUGCAGGCACAAAAUAGUCUCUCCAGGGAGAGCACAGAGUUACAAGUGAGUGGCAUGACACUCAAAGCACAAAGUCACUCAGACUGUGCAGAACACACAUGAAGGAAGCAUAGCCCAACUCACAAGGCACUACUCAACUCACAGCAAGACAAAGACACUACAAGUCUCUUCCUCAGCUGUACUGUACUUCCCAGCAGUCACUACUCCUCACAGCCACAGGAUGUUUUCAUGCAAUCUAUCCUCAGGGCAGCCUUCAGGUGCACAGCAGACACUUCACAAAUGCCCCACCAGUCUCUGCUCCUCCAGCAUCCAGCUGCAGGGAAGUCUCACAGCCAACUGCCAUUUUUACCCUCUGUAGUCUCUAAAGCUAGCACUCUAGUCUGACCUUCACAGUAGCCAGCACAGGCUACCACACAUCCAGAUAUCAAAUCUCCUGUUACCAAGUGUGCAUCUACCCACACUUCAGGCCUGCUUACUGAGAUGUCACAGCUUCUGCCUCAAGACUCACAAGCACCAGACUCAUUUUACUGCUGGUACUGCCUCUCCUAAUCCUCUCCAUGCCUGCUCUCCUCUAUGUCUGGCUGCCAACUCCACAGUCUUGUAUCUCAGCACAGACCGACACUCAGAAUCACCUAGCUUCCUCUCUCUCUGCUCCUGAGACCCAGAAGUCUGGGUGGCUCCUUUCUGCAUCUUACUUUUUGCACAUGGCCAGGAAAGCAGAGGCCAACAGAUGUGCUUCACUGUAUCAUCUCACCUAGCAACACACCCUACUGAAAAGUAUCAUUAUGUUACCUCUUUCAGUUAGUGAACACUGAUAUUAUUGCCUUGUUCUUCCCAUCUUUACUACUCAUUAUGUUAUUUCAGAUCCCUGUGAAUGUAUAAGCAACACAGAAUAAUGCUCCACUCAAGAUGUUUACUCGCCAAGUAGAAUACAUGAAGGUGAAUGGUGUUCCAGGAGUGCUGUUCAGUGAUUGUGCUGAAAUCAGCAAAGCUUCGGAAGCUCAAGGAGUGAAGAGCAAGGGAGAUAAUGGAGAAAUUUUGGAGUGUAAACCAGAGAGAUACUUAGAGAAUGCACUACUGAUCAAGCUGCCUUAUGCUGGGACCAACCUGACCAUCCACCUCCUCUUCAACCCCCAAGAGCCUUGGAUGGUGCCUGAAAUGACCUUCAGUGAUGACUGCUUCACAUCCACCAUCACUUUGAAGGAUCUGGAAGACCAGGUACCAUCUCUCAAUGAGUGGAAUACCUCAACUGAUGACAUUCUGGCCCAGCUGGUGCAUCAGGUGUUGCAGCUGUACAGGAGGUACCAGCUUGACCGGCUUGAGGAGGAUGAGAUUCUUCAGAUUCAGUAUGAGUCUCUACUCAAGGCUUUAAAGAUUGGAGAAGGAGACAUUGAGGUGUCGGUCAACAGCACAGAACAGCUGAGCACUACAUCAUCUUUCCUGAUGCGUCUACCUCUCAGUCUGCAGGAUGUGCCACCUGUGUUGGUCAACGCUAACCCUGGCACUCCAAACACCUUCCUGCAAGUUGAUUUUCCUAGGAGGGAAGCAGCAUUUGUGCCCAAGCUUCACCUUUCCUCCCGUGUUGAGUCCCUCAUUGGAGAAGCUUCCACCCUGGCACUGCCUGCUGUGCCUCCAGGCAUAGGUGUGAUGGAUUAUGUGGAGAGAAUCAUGGAGGUGCUGGAAGAAAGAGUGAGGAGAACUAUCCUUUCCUUUGAGACCAGGAAGCAGUUUAUAGCUGAGGUUCUGUGUCAGUUCGGAUGUGCUGUGGUAGAAUAUGAUGCUGAACGUUUCAACAAAAUUGUGGUCAUGAUGGAGGUGAAGGACUUCCACUUCCUUGCCUUCAUCCACUUAGGUCCAUUGUUCCCUCAGCAACACAGGCCACGGGUGGUGCUGCAGUCCCUGUAUCACAACACUGCCGAGGAACCAGUGUCUAAAGAGCUCACAGAUCUCAAGUAUAACUCACAGUGGAAACCGGAGGAGAUGGUACAGCAGACCAAAGAAGCCAUCCUAGCCAACAUUUCCUCCUUUCAGAUGAGCUCUAUACAAAAUUCAUAAUUUUAUGGUAAGAAUCAGGUUGACAAUUUUACCAUGUUUUCACCAUUAGUGCACUUAGCAUCUUUCAUAUUUAGGAAAAAGUACAGUCAACAACCACAGUAGAUUUUGCAGCAACUACAGCUAAUCUAUCUACAUACAUAAUAGGCCAGCAAUCUCACACAGGAAGGCCCAUAUGGGUGGAGACCAAUGACCAGAAAGUAAAUGAUUUGAAGUUGAAAUAACAGAUAAAUCUGAACAAAGGAAAUUCAUUCAUUUGAAAGGAAAUCUUGUUGCAUUGUAUGCUUUAUUAUUAAAUUAUAUUUUCCAUUUGUUUAUUGAUUCCCUGUAGUAUGUCUUGGAAGAAUAUAUCAAUGGAAUCCGUGUAUGUUGUAAAAGACAAUUAAUGGAGAUUUGAGUAUGGUAACUUGGUACCACUUAUAAAGGGAAUUACUUUCUUUUUCUCCCCAUCUCUAAUUGUACUUGUACUGGGUGUAGGGUUCUUAGUUUGAGUGGUGUCAGAAAUGUGGCAUUGGUCUGCACUGAGGAAUACCCUCAGCAGCCGUAGAUGGGCACUGGUCUGCAUGGUGGAGACAAAGAAAGAGCUAUUGCAGUUUUGGAUAUAUCAAAAGAACUAACAACUAGGCUAUAAAAAUACAUGUGGAAUGUUACAUUUUACUGAUUGAUUAUGAUACAGAGUAUUUGGGAAUUAAAGCUUUAGUGUACAAAGGAAAAGACAAUUUUGUGUUUUAAAAGAACAAGGAAAAUUAUUGCAAGCUCAUGACAACCAGAAUCCAUGAAGUAUCCUGUAAGUCACAAUAAAGCAACAUAAUUCUAUGAAAAAUCUACAAACCUGCAUCUGUAUUUAAAAAAAAUAAAAGACUGCUACUAAUCAUCUAUAUAGA